GGGCCCCUGCUCAGAGGCAAGCUUCUGUGCUGGACUGGGAACAAUAGCACUGCUCUCGCCGCGUCUGGGAGUUUUUCCCCCCAUCAGCUCUAUAGCCUUAGGUGAUUUGGGCUCCUGAUGUACGAAAUUUAAUGUUUAUGAACUGAUGGUUAGAGAAUUUGCUCAAAGUCAAAACAAAGCAUCUCCCUCCUCCAGCUGUGCUUCCUCCAGACUCACACUGGGGCUUUGAGGGCUCUGCAUAGCCAGGCCCCUUUGCCUGGUUCUCUUGGACACACGUACACCCGCACACGUUUGGGCUUCGCCCCGCAAUCCCUGACUGCUCAGGGCGCCUGAGCUCCCCUUCCCUUGCUUGGUCUGGCUCUGCUGCUGGUCAGUGCCUCCUGGCGAGCUCACCCAGACACCUGCGGGGCACUCGGUGGAGCUCUUAAGGGCUCCCACUCAGUGUAAAGCAGGGAAUCUUACAUGAUUUCCUCCUGCUUAACUUCGGCCUUCAAAUCUCCCAUCCCUGUCUGGGCCGCCCCAGAAAGCAGCUUCCUUUGCCUGGCUCCCCACGGGCUCCCUGAGGCUGUCUGGGCACUUUUGGGGCUGGUGUAAGGGGGAGGGGCCUACCCAGGGAAGGAAACGGGGCCUUCUGUUCCCAGAGCUCCUGUGUGUAUUCAGUCUACUACGUGAAAAGUUCCAGAAUGAGCCGUGGGCAACCUCCAUGCCCCUUUCUCAGUGGCCCAUGUCCCUCACUUCACGGAGAGAAGCCCUCUGGUUGUUCCAAGGGCAGGGAAGCCACAUAUCAGGAGAGUGAAAUCGGACCUCUCCUCCUGCGAAGCCUCAUGGGAGGUGGUGUUUGCUGCCUUCCUGACCCCUGACCUCUGUCCGGUAGGAGCUGAACCCCAGCGGGUGCUCAUUUCACUCUGCUUGGAAAAGCCAUGUGCUCAGAUCAGACUUUCUGGUGGCCAAUUUCAUUUGGCCAGACCUGCUUUUCCUGUUUAGUGUGUAGCUGUUGGCAACAAGCUUGCUGAGCUGUCCCCCCUCCCUACCCUCUUGGCAGCAACGUUGGCAGCUUACUUUAAGGAAAGGGAAAAAGGGAAAACCCAAGAAUCUCUUUUCCCUUUAUGCCGUGAGCUGUGGGGAGAGGACGUCCUCAGCAUCCUCCCGUCAGCUGAUGGAAGUGCCCCCUGCUGACGGGCUCCUCUGUCACUAGCGGGGCUGGAGGCAGCCGUGGUCCAGUGGCCCAGCAGGAGGAAGGCGGGCUGGUGGGCAGGUAGGAGGGAGGAGGUGGAUGCCACCUGGAGGUGACCGGCCGGUGUCACAUAGAGCUGUGGCUCCUUCAGCCCCGAGGCCCGUGCACCGGCUGCCAGCUUGUAACCUGCAGUCCCUCAGGCCACAACUGGCCACGAUGCUCGCUCCAAAAUGUAAAGUCGCUAAGAGGUAUGCUAGUCAGCUCGGCUGAUUUCUUUUUCAUAGCCAGACUUUCCCGACGCUCGCAGCCACACACUGAUUGGCAUUCUGGCUCACAGUGGAUGGGCACUUCGAGUUGGAAGGCUUAAAGUCCUUCUAGUCUUUCAGAGUCAUUAGACUCUCUGGACAAGCCUGACCUGAAACUACACAGGAGGGCCUGGGGUGGGACUGACCGGGGACCAGGUGCUCUGGCAAGGCACCCAGUUCAUCUUCUAUCACGGGACUCUCGAGAGAGCCAAGGAGUGGCCGGGGAGGUUCCUUGUGUGGAAGAGAGGCCUCGGUCGGGAGCACCAAGCUGCCUGGAGCCCACCUGCUAUGUGUCCCCAUCUCUGGCCCCGCCUCCCUUCCAGGUCAGGUGCCAGCCUGGGCCCACUGGCCCUGGCCACCGGUCACCCCCAUCCUGAAGUUUCACUGGGCUGUGCCUCAGGCACCUCCCUUCACGGGGAUCCAGAGGACCUUGACGGGAGAACUGGACACCUCUGAGCCCACCCACCUGAGGCUUCACUUGUCAGUAUGGGACUGGUUACCAGGGCAACAGGGAGCUGCAUUAUGAGCUCCACAGCCUGCUGGGCCUCCCUGUCCCUAAUGGGCCCAUGGAGCUUGGGUGCCUGCAGAACAGAGUGGUCCUUCCAUCAUCAGCGCCCGCCCAAGAGUCCUGCGGGAGGGUGAUGUCAGUACAGGGCUGUGAGCUGCCCCACGGAGCCAGACCUGCUCUGGCUGUGUUUUGCCCAGGGUGGACCUUCUGCCCUUCUGCAGGCAAGAUGCUCUGUGUGAAGUUGCUCUGGGCUUCUUGCCACGCUGGCGACACGCCUAUGAUAAACUUUGACUUCCAUCACCUUGCCAAAGGAGGGAAGCUAGAGAAGUUGGAGAACCUGUUGAGGCCCCAGUUGAAGCUCCACUGGGAUGACUUUGGUGUGUUUACCAAGGGCGAGAAUGUAAGUCCACGUUUUCAGAAAGGCACGCUGCGGAUGAACUGUCUCGAUUGCCUGGACCGAACCAACACCGUGCAGAGCUUUAUUGCACUCGAGGUUCUCCACCUGCAGCUCGAGAGCCUGGGGCUGAACUCCAAGCCCAUUGCUGACCGCUUCGUGGAGUCCUUCAAAGCCAUGUGGUCUCUGAAUGGGCACAGCCUGAGCAAGAUGUUCACGGGCAGCCGGGCCCUGGAAGGGAAGGCUAAGGUGGGGAAGCUGAAGGACGGGGCCCGGUCCGUGUCUCGCACUAUCCAGUCCAACUUCUUUGACGGGGUGAAGCAGGAGGCCAUCAAGCUGCUGCUCGUGGGGGAUGUCUACACCGAGGAGUCUGCAGACAGAGGAAGGGUACUCCUGGACAACACGGCCCUGCUGGUGACCCCCAGGAUCCUGAGAGCCAUGGCAGAGCGCCAGUCGGAAUUCACACAUUUCAGACGGAUCCGAAUCGCCAUGGGGACCUGGAACGUGAAUGGAGGAAAGCAGUUCAGGAGCAACCUCCUCGGGACGGCAGAGCUGGCCGACUGGCUGCUGGACUCCCCCAAGCUCUCGGGCCUGGCAGGGUCCCCAGAUGAUGACAGCCCAGCUGACAUAUUUGCCGUGGGGUUUGAAGAGAUGGUGGAACUGAGCGCAGGGAAUAUCGUCAAUGCCAGUACCACCAACAGGAAGAUGUGGGGUGAGCAGCUGCAGAAAGCCAUCUCACGCUCUCAUAGGUACAUUCUCUUGACUUCGGCACAGCUGGUGGGCGUCUGUCUGUAUAUCUUUGUACGUCCAUACCAUGUCCCAUUCAUCAGAGACGUGGCGAUUGACACGGUGAAGACCGGCAUGGGAGGAAAGGCGGGGAACAAGGGUGCCGUGGGCAUCCGCUUCCAGUUCCACAGCACCAGCCUCUGCUUCGUGUGCAGCCACCUGACGGCUGGGCAGGCCCAGGUGAAGGAGAGGAACGACGACUACAGGGAGAUCACCCAGAAGCUCAGUUUCCCGAUGGGAAGAAACAUCUUCUCUCACGAUUACGUGUUUUGGUGCGGCGAUUUCAACUACCGCAUCGAUCUCACUUACGAAGAAGUCUUCUAUUUUGUCAAACGCCAAGACUGGAAGAAACUUCUGGAAUUUGAUCAGCUCCAGCUGCAGAAAUCAAGUGGAAAAAUUUUUAAAGACUUUCAUGAAGGCACCAUUAAUUUUGGACCUACUUACAAGUAUGACGUUGGCUCGGCCGCCUACGACACAAGUGACAAAUGCCGCACCCCUGCCUGGACAGACAGGGUCCUGUGGUGGAGGAAGAGGCACCCUUUUGACAGAACAGCCGGAGAUCUCAACCUGCUAGACAACGACAUAGACGCGGACAGCACGGUCAGGCAUUCCUGGUCUCCUGGAGCCCUCAAGUAUUACGGCCGAGCAGAACUGCAAGCAUCCGAUCACAGACCCGUGCUGGCGAUCGUGGAGGUGGACGUGCAAGAAGUCGAUGUGGGUGCUCGGGAGAGGGUGUUCCAGGAAGUGUCCUCUUUCCAGGGCCCCCUGGAUGCUACCGUCAUAGUCAACCUUCAGUCACCAACCGUAGAAGAGAAAAACGAGUUUCCUGAGGAUGUGCGCACAGAACUCAUGCAGACAUUGGGCAAUUAUGGGACCAUUGUUCUUGUCCGGGUCAACCAAGGGCAGAUGCUGGUGACUUUUGCAGACAGUCACUCAGCUCUCAGCGUCCUGGACGUGGAUGGUAUGAAGGUGAAGGGCAGAGCAGUGAAGAUCCGACCAAAGACCAAGGACUGGCUGAAGGGUUGGCAGGAGGAGAUCAUCCGAAAGCGGGAUAGCAUGGCCUCCGUGUCUCCAACCGCCAAUUCCUGUUUGCUGGAGGAGAACUUUGACUUCACAAGCUUGGACUAUGAGUCAGAGGGGGACAUUCUCGAAGAUGACGAAGACUACUUGGUGGAUGAGCUAAGUCAGCCUGUGGUCUCAGACGGUGAGACGGCAGGGGACUACCUUUCCGAAGCCCCCAGCUGCACAGCAGCGGUGCCUGCCGACACGUCACCUGCACUCACUAAAAAGACGCGGCACCCGACCUACAAAGAUGAUGCUGACCUGGCCGAGCUCGCGCAGGAGCUGGAAGCAGCCGGGGAUUUCCGCCACCGUUCUCCAAGCAGGUCUCUGUCGGUUCCCACUAGGCCUCGGCCACCUCACCCACCGCGGAGACCCCCCCCUCCAACUGGUUUAAUGGUGAAAAAGUCGGCUUCGGACGUGUCCAUCUCCUCUGGCACCCACGGGCAGUACUCAAUUUUGCAGACGGCAAAACUUCUGCCAGGAGCGCCCCAGCACGCACCCAAAGCCAGGACGGGGAUAAGUAAACCCUACAAUGUCAAGCAGAUCAAAACUACCAAUGCCCAGGAGGCAGAAGCAGCCAUCCGAUGUCUCCUGGAAGCGAGAGGGGGCAUCCCAGGAGAAGCCGUAAAUGCCACAGCCCUGAGGAACCAAGGGACUUCCAAACCAGAGCCCCCAGUAGCGGUGGCCCCGCUCCUGCCCCGUCGGCCUGCACCCAGGGUUCCUGCCAUCAAGAAGCCGACCUUGAGGAGGACCGGAAAGCCUGAGUCACCGGAAGAACAGUGUGGGCAACAGUCUGUCCAUUUCACAAUCGGGCCCCCAGAGACCAGCCUUGAAACCCCUCCUCUAGCAGCCGUCCCUCCUGUUCCCAAACCGAGAACACUUCAGCCCAGGAAGGGGACUGACAGGAAGGCAAGUGGGGGGAAGCCGGUGCCCAACGACGCCCCUCCUGCGGCCGGAGCCACCCCGCCACCCCCUCUGGAGGUGCUGCCCCCCGCGCCGCAGGCGCCCCCGAGGAGGAAGAAGUCCGCCCCCGCAGCCUUCCACCUGCAGGUGCUGCAGAGCAACAGCCAGCUUCUCCAGAGCCUCACCUGUAGCAGCAGUGACUGUCCCCCCGCGCCCCGGCCUGACCAGGGCGUGCUCUUUCCACAACCGGCUCAUCCUGGCCCCUUGUCUGCUGCUGGUGCCCAAGCGGAUGGUACCAAGGAGACACAGCCAGAGGCGGCCUCCCUUCUUGGUGAUUACCAGGAUCCUUUCUGGAACCUUCUCCACGACACUCACCUGUUGAAGAAUGCCUGGCUUUCCAAGAACUCUGACCCACUGGACCCCCGGACUGGGAGCCUUGGAAGAGCACACACAGCUUCGCUGCAAAUCAGCGCCUCAGCGGCCGACAACCUGCCACCGGAGCACGGGCCGAACGACUUGGGUCACUGGAUGACAAUCAGUGACAAGGACAAGAGGACCGUGCUGCAGGUGUUUGACCCGCUGGCAGAAACAUGAGCAGGAGGCAUGGACCACAGCUCUUUCCGAGAACGUGUGCCUUCUUCCCUCUGGCAUCUCUUUCCAGGGCACAGCCCCACACCUUGGCCUCACCCUCCCGGGUCAAAAGAGACCUCUAUUUAAAGGCACACUGAAAACACAGUUGUCCUGUCACUCUUGUGUCUCUUAUUCAAUAAGAUAAUUAUUCAGCCACCAAGAUACGUUUUAUUCCAGACGUGUGCAUUUUAGUUUCCUAGAAUCUGGUUAGAUUCAGCGUGUAGACUUGAGGAAAGAGAAUCUAGCUGAUAAUGUCCAAGAGUCUCUCUCUCAUUGGAUUUUAAAUGGUUUUUCAAUUUAUGCGUGUAUGUGGGUUUUUUAAAUUUUUGUUUGUAUCUUACAGAUAUUGGGAAUAACUUUACGGUGAACCACCUGAAGGUUGAUCCAUAAAACUAAAAGGUGUCUGGGACCAUUAAGAGCUAUAUACCUGGCCUGCUGAUACGAGGUUACAAAAAAUAGUAAUAGUAAUGGAAGCCCCCAGUAGAUCAACCAAAUGAGUAUACAUUCCUAUGAGCCCUUGUGUUUACUUAUACACGUGUAAACUGACCCUGAUCACGUGAGAAAUGGUGUCCCACACGGUUUUGGGUCUGAAGUAUAUCCCAUUUGCUGAACCUGAGCUGAAGCCGGCUGCAGACUCCUUCCCGCAUCAUGUCUUGGAUAGUGCCUGCCCCAUAAAGCGCUACAGUCUUGAGCCCACGUGUACUAAACUGGUUUUUAUACACUGACUCUUCCCUAUGAGAGAAAACCUCGCGGCCUCUUUCUCCUCUUACGUUCCAUACCAAGUAAAAGCACAAACCGUGAAAACCCAUACCGGCACAUGACAUUGGUCCUCAUUGUUGUAUUAUGAAGAAUAUUUAUUUUAGCCUGUGCCUCCCUAUAUAAGAAACCCCAGGGCAGCAUUUUUGGGUUUCCUUAUCUAUCUGUUUAUUAGGCUUAUUGUUUUUGUCUAUACAUUUUUCUAUACAUUUGCAACACCACUUCUUGCCCUAGUCCAUCAUUUAGAAAGGUAUCACCUAAAUAUUGGUUUACAUUUUAAGAAUAAGGUUAUAAGGUGUAGAAUCCGUUUGGAGAGGAUACCGUAUUUUCGGUAACAAGAAAUUCACUGGUGAAAUCUUACUGUGCCACAUACCAUAUUUAGGAGUUUUUAAGGCCCUGGAGUCCUACGGCAGUGAUUCUGUGUUAUCCCUAACGUGACCGGAGAAUUCCUGCACUAAAUGCUAAUGGUUAGGAUGGUGAUAAUCAUCCUGCCUGGGGGGUAACCACUCUGUUUUUACCUCUAGGGUUUCAGAAUUAUUCCUCAUUGCCACUAUCGGGAUACCCUGCAGGUUAUUUAAAUUUGGCGCUCACAACAAAAAGAAAACCACCACAUGCAUCGCAUUUCAUCUGAAAACCGAUUAGAGAAAAAGGUAUUAGUGACCCACAGAGAUAAACUGAGAGUAUAUGUGAUUGACCAGUGGUAAAAGAUGAUGUUUCUGGCCUUAGCUGACGAGGACGUUUUCUGUACUAAGUACUUCAUGUCCCGUUACGUCUCGUAAACACAAGUAAACAACAUCAUUCUUGAAGAGUUAGGGGGAGAAGGGACACAAGAUCAGUGAGCGUCCCAGAGAAGUGAAAUGAUUUGCCGGGAUCCACUUUGCUACUGAGGGUACGACUGGGAACGGAAUCAAAGAUUUCUUAAUUCAAAUGUUCUUUCCUCUGUCACCUCUUUUUCCCAUCAGAAAGGAGGUGAAUUUGAAAGCAGGUAUGUGUAUCACAGCAGUGACUUGCAGUGAUGGAAAUAGGCCUAAUUUUAAGGUUUCUUCUUCUAGAUGCAAGUAGCCACAAGUGGGACAGAGAACAGAAUUUUAAUUAAGAAAGGUGCUCAUCACACAGGUGGCUCAUAAGAGUCUGACAUUAAGUAUUAACACAGAAUUAUGUUGACCUCAGGAGGCAGGUCACAAGAAAAAUUAUCAGUAGUUUAACAUAAAGAAUUGAACAAACAUUAUGUGAUAAGAGGUGUUCAAAUUUGGUGAACAACGUAGACUGAAUUUUGAGGUGAUCGUAUAGGUAAGGUUCACACACCAAUGUUCUCCUUUUAAAAAAGGACAAUUGGAAUUGCCUUAUUUAUUUUUUAAAUCAGUGCUUGGAUAGUUUGUAGGUUCCCUAGGUUCACAGCAGAGUUGGUUGAAUAAUCUGGACAAUGAGCAGCUGCCAUCCUGGGGAUUUCAUCCUGUGGGUUUUUUAUUUUUCGUCUUUCUCUGCUCCCAUACAGGCCGUGCAGUUUCUUUCAUUACUACUCUGUAAGACGGUCCAGUUCACUGCAGAGGAUUUGAAGCACAGAACUUUAUAAUUCCAUAUUGUCUCUGUGACCCCAACAUUAUAUUCCCUUUUCCAAUGUAAUUUUCUCCAACAUCUUGCCUAAUUUUAAAGUUUGUUCCAGUAAAUGACUGAAAUUAGGACAUCUGCCCAAGCAAUUCCUGUAAAAGUUUAAAGUUGUUGAAAUUCAAGAUACAGUAAAAUUUUCCUGAUACGUAGAAGUACAAACAAAGUAAUGCAUUAAAACAUUCACUUUGUAAUAAGCAAUUUUCUCAGAAAGCUGCAAAAAUUAUUUAUUGGGUGACUAGUGAUUAAUAAAAACCCUGUAAUGUUUAUUUGAAGUGAUAAUUUGUACUGCAAUUAUAAAAAUGCCUAUUAAAUAUUUUGUUUUGUUUUUUAA